AUGCCGCGAGUCUCUCCAUGGCUAAACGGUCCGAGGAUAUCGGCGGGUCUGCUUCGCGGCUGUUUCUACUAUGCCACCGUCUUUGGUGUGGCCACAUUUCGGAUCGGGCUGCACGACGACACCUCAAAAUUGCAGGCCAGCAGUCGCAAAGUAUACAAAUGGCUCUCGAUACUGAUCCGCGUGCUAGGCAGCUGCUUCUACGGCUAUAGCUAUGGGGCCUGGGCCGACCAAUACACGGACUGGUAUCUGCGGUUAUUCUUCGGACUGCGCCUGGUCGGAUGUCUGGUCUGCAGUGUCAUCAUACUGGUGCUGCAAGUCUGCUACGAGAAAAGGAUACUACACCUGGUCAACAGUUUCUUUGGACUCUUUCGUCGCUUGAGGGCCCUGACACGGACUGUGGAGGCGGGCUUUGGGGGCAGAUUGGAACUGACGCUGCUGAUGUUUAAGCUAUUGUCGCUGGCCUUUGUGUUCCUGGCCUUCCAGUGGCAGUACUCCCCCUGGGUGUUGCUCACAAUUCUUUGUGAUCUGUACACCUCCAUUGGCACGGGCAUGAUCAUGCACUUCUGCUUCGUGGGUUAUCUCAGCAUUGGGGUACUCUAUGCGGAGUUGAAUCGCUAUGUGGAUCAUCAGCUGCGUGCUCAGCUCAGCUCACUGCAGGACCAAGAGGAGGAGGAUGACAUACAGCAACAGCCAGAUGUCCAAGCCCACGCCAAUCUGGACGAGUGCCUGGCCAUUUACGAGGAGAUUCACCAGAUCACCUGCUCUUUCCAGCAGCUCUUCGACCUGCCCCUAUUCCUCACCCUGGUUCAGAAUCUCUCCGCCAUGGCCAUGGUCUCCUACCAUGCCAUCAUGAGCAAGGAGUACCACUUCAGCCUCUGGGGACUCGUCCUCAAGCUCCUCAUUGACGUGCUCCUGCUCACCCUUGCCGUCCAUGGGGCAGUCAGUGGUUCGCGUUUGGUACGCCGCUUGAGCCUCGAGAACUAUACCAUUGGACAGAGCAAAAGCUACCACAUCAAGUUCGAGAUCUUUCUGGGCCGCCUUAAUCAUCAGCAGUUGCGUGUGUGUCCUUUGGGCAUGUUCGAGGUGUCCAACGAGCUCACCCUGUUCUUUCUCUCCGCCAUGGUCACAUAUCUGACCUUCCUGGUUCAGUAUGGCAUUCAGACGAAGCAAUUUUGA